AUGCCCAUCAAACGAAAGAAGAAACGAAGGACCAUGAGAUCAAGUAGGGGAUUGUUACUAGUACCCGUUGGCUUCUGUGCGUUGUUCCUGCUAGAGCGUGCACAUGGAGCAGCAGCAGCCGCCGUGGCGGAAGACGUGAUCAGCCACCCCCACGAGAACGGCAGUAUUGGCCAUGUUGAGAGUGAUGAUGAUGAGCACGCGCACGAGACUAGUACUGUGGAGUUGGAAGAAGACGACCGUUCUUGGUUGGAUGUGUUUGGGGAAGUUUCCAAAGAGUACUUGACGACGCAAAUGAUUCCUCCUACGGAUGCCUCAUGUGUCUGGGAUUGGAGAGUGGCUCGUUGUGAACCUUUUUGUCAGUGUGCCUUUCUUCCGUCGUGGGGCGACUAUCAUUUGGGACGUAGUUGUCGCUAUCGUCCGAAUUCCAAUUCCCCCGAGGAAUGCAACCUGUCUUCCCAAUUGACAUUUGAUCACUUGCGACUAGAAUACAGCUUGGAAGAGCAACAGCAGCAGCAAGAUGACGCAACGAUGACAAAACAAGGAAAUAAUAGUGACACACCAGCCCUCAAACAACUGCUCUUUCAGACGGUCAAGGCUAUACAAACCAUUCGAGAUUAUUUGCAGAAAUGGACUCUGAAAAUAAAGCAAAACACGCAACAUCAUUACGAACAUCUACAGGAACAAACUUGUGCUGAUUUGGCCACCUUCAUCAUGGAGGAGAGUGAUGCCAGUACUAAUAAUUCAUCCUCCUCCAACACGUGUGUGCCCCCGGCUGACCUAAGUUGGAAACAAGCACUCCUUUGCCAGGGAUGGGAAGCGGUUUGUGAACAGCAGGACACAGCCACCAGUCGACAAUUCCCAUGGCAAAUCCCACAAUCAUGGAAAGAAUUAUGGGACAAAAUUAAACCCAAGGACGAAGCGGAGGAGGAAGAAAGCAAUGAUAUUCCGCAGGAAUUCUCCUCGCUCUUGCCCAAUUGGUCCACGGCUUCAGAUUGGUCGGCAGGGAUCGCCAUGCCCAAACCACAACCGCAAAAACCGAGACGAAAACCUAGAAUUGGAAAGACAAUCCUUUCUAACACAGCAGACCGUGAAGGAUUUGCAGGCAUUUCCAAUACUAAUAGUAUGCAGGCACCGCCAGUCGGGGGUACUAGUGCUGCAGAGGAAUCUGAGGAUGAAAUGCAAAUGGAUUCUACGGCCCAUUAG